AUGGAUGCUGAAAUGACCGAUAUUGAAUAUCAUUUAUCAGAUGAUGAACCAAAAAUAAUAGUCGAUCAAUGUGAAGAAGAAGAUUAUUUUGAAGAUCAUUAUUUACCUGACGAACAUGAUAAUGUGAGAAUAGGUGAUGAUAGUACGUUUGAAUCAGAUGAUACUCCGCCACUAUAUCGCCAAUCAAUCAUCACAACUGGUGAAGCUGUUAGAAAGUUAAUGACAUUUUGUAUUAAGUCAAAUUUCGACAAACAGAAAGUAGUUACAAUGAUGCGUUUAAUAAAAUCUAUUUUACCUACACCAAAUAAACUUCCAACAACAUUUAAACAAAUUCUGAAAAUAUUUGGUAAAACUCCAUCAUUUGUAACAAAAUUUUAUUGUAAUAAUUGUUUAACAUUAACAACCAAACACAAUAGUCAACAUUAUUGUUCUAAUUCAGCUUGUACUCUAUCUGAGUCACAAUUGUCCAAAAGGCAAUUGACAGAAAUUGUUACGAUGAAUAUUAGACAAAAAUUACAGUCAAUUAUUCGUCGAAAUUUUUCUUUUUUUUCUGGUCAUGAAGAACUUUUUCCAGCAUUUGAUAUUCCAAGUGGUAUUCGUUACCAAUCAACAACAAAAAGAACUACUCAUCCAAUUACUCUUAAUAUACAUGCCGAUGGUGCACCACUCAUUCGGUCAACAAAAUCCGCACUGUGGCCGUGUUUCGGUUCAAUCGUCGAAUUACCCCCACCUGUGCGUGAAUAUCAAUCGAACAUUUUGACGUUAGGAUUAUGGGUGUCAUGCAUUAAACCGGAUGUUAAUUUGUUUUUAGAAAAUAUCAUAGAACAAUUAAUUGAAUUAUCAGAAAAUGGUACAACAAUAUUUGUUAAUGAUUAUGAAUUUAAAAUUAAUGUUAACACUCAAAUGUUUGUCUCAGAUUUACCAGCUAAAUCUCUUUUUAUGAAAACUAUUAAUUUCAAUGGCUAUUACACAUGCACCAAUUGUAUUACUGAAGGAACAUUGUACAACAAGCAAAUUAUUUAUCCAUAUGAAAAGAAUAAUUAUCAAAUAAGAACCCAUGAACAAUUUGUAACAACAGCAAAAGAAGUUGAAGCUAAAAUAACAAGUGGUAGUGGUCGUUGUACAUCCAUUCUCGGAAUUAAAGGUUUAUCAUCAUUAUUAAAAGUUUUGCGUUAUCCUCAUGAUGUUGUAUAUGAUUACAUGCAUUUAAUUUGCUUGAACCAUGUACCGACAUUAGUUCGACAUUUCACAGAAGUUUUAUCAAAAAAUGAUCUUGAAAAAAUCGAUACAAUUCUAUCAAAUAUUCGUUUACCACAUGAUGUUAACGUCAAAUAUAAUUACUCAAUACAAUCAAUUAAUAAUUGGAAAGCAAAAAAUAAUAGAUUAUUUAUUCUGCAUUUAGCUCUACCAAUACUUGCACCAUAUUUACCGACAUUGCAUAUAUCACAUUUUGCUAUUUAUUGUCUGUUUGUGACAAUUGUACAUUGUCCCAAAACAAGAGAAGAGAUUGAAUUAUCUAAGAAAUUAAUUCAUUAUUAUUGUGAAACAUCAUCAAAAGUAUAUGGCCUACAGAUUGAACUAUAUUCAUUACAUGCACACUUACAUCUACCGGUACAAGUGUUGAACCACGGUGGAUUAGCUUUCACAUCUUCCUUUUGUUUUGAAUCAGCAAUUCGACAUAUUAAAAAUAAAUCUCAUGGAACAAAAAAUCUUGGAUCACAAAUCGGUUACUGGUGUGAUAUUGAUACAAUUAUACCAUGCAAGGAAUUUAAACUACCGUCGCCAUUACUAGUGAAUGAAAUAAAUCUAGAUAGCCAUUUAUUGAACGCUUAUCGCGAUAUAUUAGUAAAACAAUUACACGAAUUACAACACGAUAUUACUAUGAUCAAAUUAUAUUUACGUUUUAAAGAUAAAUUUCUAACUUAUCAUUCAUUUCUAUAUAGUAAGCGAUAUACCUGUAUGAGUUAUUUAAUAUCGUAUAAUGAUAAUCAUCAACAAAUUCAUUAUGGUAAUAUUAUUCUUUUUUAUGCGCUCGACAGUGUACGCUACUUAUUAAUACAACAAUAUCAUCGAGCUGAAGUUAAAAUCUCUGACUCUCUGGAAAUUCCCGAUGAAUUAAAAGAUACAAUCGAUUUGUUUUAUCCUAUUUGCUUUUUAAGUGAUACAUAUGUUAUAAUUCCAGCUAGUCGUAUUGUUAAUAAAUGUGUAUCGGUACCAUUCCAACAAUACCAAUGUAUUAGUGAAAGGCGUGUAAAAUGUGAACACGAUUAA